UCCUACUUCACUUUUAGCUAAAAAUGCUCUUAGUGAUCAAUUAAAUUAACAAUUAUAUAGCAAUUUCCUACAAAUCUUCUACUAUAUAUUCUUCAAUACCCAUAACUAAAAUUUUCAUAGCUGCACUUAAACACAAGAGAAAAAAUAGACUGAUAAAAUAAAUAAUGAGGCCGACACCAGUAGAAAUCUGGAAGUCACCAGUACCAUAUCUCUUUGGUGGGCUCUUUUUGCUUGUUUUGCUUAUAGCUUUGGCAUUACUUUCAUUGGUCUGCACACACCAAAAAUCUCCUUCUUCUUCAAGCAAUAACAAUCCUAUAGAUGAAGAAGACGACGUCGGGGACAAGGAAGCUAAGCCUAUUACAAGUGAGUACUUACCUAAGAUCGUCGUGAUUUUGGCCGGAGACAAUAAACCUACUUGCUUGGCUGUUCCAGUCGUGGUUCCUCCGCCUUCUUCCAUUUGUCGUUGUAACUGUGACAAUGUUACUUUUGUCCCAGCCUAACCAUUAACAUCUUUUUCUUUUCCUUUUCCGAACAAAAAGAAUAAGAGAUUGUAACUUUUGUAAUAAUCAUGGGCAAUUUUGUAAAAGUCGACAGUUUUUUGGGGAUUAGAUUUAAGUUUUGUAUUAUUGCUUUCAUGCUUUUGUUUGUUGAGUUUAUUUAUGGAAAUAUAGAUCUAUCAAAUGAAUUAUUUUUCUCUUCUAAUACAAUGUUAAAACUAGAAGAUAUAAUAUUAUGUCAUACGUGAUUAUUCUUUUUUGAACAAAUUCAUUAAUUAAAAAUAAACAAAGUAACACUCCACCAAGGGAGGAAGAGUUUGAUGCUAAUAAGUAAUAAUGUAAACUUUGCGAUAGAAUCAGCUACAACAUUGUCCAAACGACAGAUGAAAUUGAAAGCAAUUGAGAGAAGAAAAAAACACUUAAACAAGUGAUAUCAUGGAGAAUAGGUUUGAGCUCCUUAAAGCUUGCUUUUGAUUUAAGGGAGUUGAUGAGUACUUGGGAAUCCGGAUCAUUCUUCAAUGAAAACAGAGCAUUUUAUUGCGCGAGAGCCGAGGAGACACACCUGAGUGCAUCAGAGAAUCAGCGGGGAGCAUUGCCAAGGGGAUAAUACAAGAUUAUUCAAAUAUCAUUUUUCAGAUCUUUGCUUACGAAAGUAGAUGACCAUACUUGGUUCGGAAAAUUGCAAAUCACUUUCUUAGUUCUACAAUUAAUACAGUGUCAAUUAUCUUUGAUGACAUUUUUAAGUCACCGUACAAUGAUUCGUAUACAUCAUCAAUAACACUAUCAACGAAUAAAAAGUACCGAGUGAAAAAAAGUUAUUAACAAUAUGAAGAGUUUGAACAUGAUAAUAAUUCUCAACAGCAAUAUU